GAGGGACGCAACAGAAAGGGACGGCGCCAUUAGAAGCGAUAUUUACCUGACGCCGUAAUCCCGGGAAAUUCAGCUGCAGCUUGCUCGCCAUAAAAUCCUGCCAAUCCACAGGCAGACAACGACAAAAUCGGUACCGAAACUUAACCCUGUCCUACCUGAUCGGCACACACUCAUAUUUGUGCAUAUAAACCCUCCGUGGGAUUGCCAAAGCCAACAUUCGAUUUGUGACGUUCAAGCUGUGAAAAUGGUCCUAGGUGCUGAGGUGCGUACUCUUGUGAAGGCUCUGAAGAACUCCAAUAGCUGCCAGGAGAUUGCCCAGAUCCUGGAGUGUGAUGUGGAGAGUGUGGUAAGCUGCAUUCGGGAGUGUGAGCUCCUGGAGGGCAAGACAGCCACGCUGAGGCUACCGCAAAAACCAAAGACGCCGCAGCCCACUCAGGAGGAGGAGAAGAAACGUGAGGUGGGCAGACCUAAGAUCCUGGAGAACAGACAGAUUGUGGAAAAGAUGCUCAUCGAUCACCCCUACUACACCUCUAUCGAUGUGCAGCGGGAGCUGGUGGCACGCCAUGGCAUCGAAGUGAGCCGCCGCACACUGCAGCGCCGGAUCAGUGAGAUUCGCGCCAAGCAGUUUCAGGAGAGUCGGUUGCCCACCAAGGCUCAAGGAUCACCUCCUAGUCUCAGCGUAGAAACAAGAAACAAAAGGGUAGCCUGGGCAACUGCGCAUCAGGAUUGGACAGUGCGCGAUUGGCGCAACAUCUUCAACAUGGACGACCUAAAGUUCGUGGAUGGAUCACCACCGAAAGAGAUCUUUCUGGACACGUUGAUGGGACCCGGAGGCACCGAUUGCAGUGACCUUAAUCUCCUGGAGCAGCUCAUGGCCAUCAUCCAGCCAAGGAUCCAGAAACAGGCUCCCAACAACGUCCAGGAGUUUCAUUCCGUGCUGUACGACGUGUGGCACAGCGAUCAGGAGAUGGUGGACAAGAUCGAGCUGCUCUACGAGUCCAUGACAUGGCGUGUGAUGUCCGUCAUCCACAGCGGCGGGGAUCUGACGGAGAUCUGAUAGAUGAGAGGUGCCGAGACUGUUUUCUUCAAAAUGUUUAGAUUUAAUCCAUCAUUUUCAAUUGUUCUUGUAGAUAAAUUGUACAUUGUGCAUUCCAUGACAACAGCAAUUACAUAAUUAUGUUGCUUUCAAAUUUCCUAAAAAUAUGAAAUUCUUCGGUUAUGAACCUUCAGUAAAGUGUAGCAAAUAUAUAAAUAAAGUUUAAAAACAA